AGAGAGAGAUAGAGAGUUAAGGAAAUGUGGAAUGGAAAUGUGAAUACUUUCCAUUUGAUGCCCCAAUUUUAUAUGAAAAAAAGAAACUACCAAAACAAGAAUAUGGAAAAAAAUGAACUCCCUCUCACGAUAAAAGCCACUCACUACAUCUCUACAUCUCUACCGCAAUCUCUACAACUCUCUUCUGUCUUUUUUCCCAACCAAGAAUUACAAUGGAUCAGCAACCACAAUCCAUUAUUAAAAAACCCUCAAAGUUUUCCCGGUUUCUGCGAUCGAUUUUUGGCAGCUGCGGCGGGAAGUCGGUGGAGAAGACAUUAGUGGAGGAUGAAAAAGAUGGGAAUAGAGAUUAUUCUUUUUCUUUUUCUUCCUCCGGCUCGGACUCGGAUUCAGCUUAUUCUUCAAAGGAAAAGGGCAGUAAAAAUGGAAAAUUGCAAAAUAAGUUUCAGAAGGUGACAGAUGACAUUAAGGAAGAACUUCAAGUGGCUGACUUGAAAAGGAAGUUGGCAGAAACUACCGAAGAGCUUUUAGAAAUUCAUCCCCGUGAACUCAAGUUCAUAUUUGAAUUGAAGAAGCAGUCAACGUGCUCUGUUCGACUCUUCAAUAAGUCCAACAACCAUGUUGCGUUUAAGGUUAAAGCUACAUCUCCAAAAAAAUAUUCCGUGCGACCGAACAGAGCCAUUAUUAAGCCAAAAUCAACUUGUGAAUUCACUGUUAAGAUGCAAGCACAAAGGGUGGCUCCUCCUGACAUGAUAUGCAAAGACCAGUUUUUAGUUCAGAGCACAGUUGUUCCUGCAGGGACCAGUGAUGAUGAUAUUACUCCUAGCAUUUUUGCCAAAGAUGAUGUUAGAUACGUUGAAGAGAACAAGCUGAAAGUGGUCCUUGUCAGUCCCCCCAAUUCUCCGGUACUUUCACCAAUCAAUAGAACAUUGAAACCGGUGCCAGCUUAUGAACCUUCAAUACUGAAAGAUCAAGUGCUGAGGAAAGACGAAAGCCUUACCCAACGUCACACAGUUACUGAGGAUGUGGAGUCCAAAGUGGAAAAUAGUGAGGAGGCAAAUUCAGCAAAGAAUUUAGAGUAUAAAACAAGGAAGGAUGCGGAUGAGCCUUUAAUGGAUGUCGGGUAUAAAACAAGGAAGGAAGAGGAUGAGCCAACAACAGAGGUAGAGCAUGAAACAAGGAUGGAUGUGGAUGAGCCAAUAACAGAUGUAGAACAUAAAACAAUGAAUGAUAUGGAGGAGCUGAAGUUGGUUAAAGAUGUUUCGGAAAUGAAGUCAAAACUAAAUGGACUUGAAUCAAAACUAAGUGAGGCUGAAGUUAUCAUUUCAAAACUAACAGAGGAGAGGAGAUUGAAUGCUCAAGAGAGGGAAAGUUUACGGCAAGAAUUGACUUUGUUGAUGAGCAAGAGAGUUGUACGAAAAGUUCAUGCAGGAUUUCCUUUCCUAUUUGUUUGUAUGGUGGCACUUGUCAGUGUCAUGCUCGGGUACCUUCUAAACCGCUGAGAUAGAAUUUUUAGCAUGAAGAACGUCUGGGAGAUUCAAUAUAUGCCUGCCUCUACAUGAGAGAAUUGUUUAUAUAACCAGAGGUUGUUGAUAGAAGAAGACAUAGAUCACUAAAAUUCCCUCCUUUUGGUUCCUUUUUGUGGCUUUUGUCACUUUGCAACUUCGUAGUUGUUCACUAAUCUGAAUUGAAGUUGGUGAGUUCAAUAUAAAAUCUCAUCAAGGUGGUUUUAGUUGUAUGCAUUUACAUUUUCAAAAUCAA